UCUGCUACAUCUUGCAGACACCUACCUACCUAGCUUGCUGCAUACUGCAAGCCACUCGUGCUUGUGUUGAGAACCACAUCAACCGAGCGAGAUGGAUGCGAAGAAACCUUACGUGAUCGCCAUCGUCGUGCAGCUCAUCUACGCCGGCAUGUUCGUCGUCUCCAAGGCGGCCUUCGACCACGGCAUGAACACCUACGUCUUCAUCUUCUACCGCCAGGCCGCCGCAUCGCUCCUCCUCCUGCCUAUCGCGCUUCUUCUCGAAAGAAAGAAUGUGCGUUCCCUGUCACCUAUGUUGCUCUUGAAGCUCUUCUUUUUAGCCUUGAUCGGGAUCACGUUUAGCCUAAAUCUGUACAACGUGAGUCUCAAGUUCACAUCCGCAACCGUGGCGUCUGCGACCACCAACGCCAUGCCUGUCGUCACCUUCUGCUUCGCGCUGCUACUGAAGAUGGAGGUGGUGAAGCUGAGGAGCUCCUCGGGCAUAGCCAAGCUCGCCGGCGUGUCCCUCUGCCUCGCCGGAGUCUUUGCCAUCGCCUUCUACGCCGGCCCGGCGCUGAGCCCUGUCCACCAUCACCGCGCCUUCGCCGCCUCCCACGCCCCGGCCUCGACUAGCAGCGCUGCAAGUCCAAGCAGCAGGACGACAUGGAUCAAGGGGACGUUCCUCAUGGUCCUCGCCAACAUGGCGUGGUCCCUCUGGAUCGUCCUGCAGGGCAGGCUGCUCAAGGAGUACCCCAACAAGAUGCUCGUCACGGUGACACAGUGCGCGUUCAGCGCCGCGCAGUCGUUCGUCGUCGCGGUGGCGGCAGAGAGGGAUUUCUCCAAGUGGAGUCUCCGACUCGACGUCAGCUUGCUCGCCGUCCUUUACACCGGGUUCGUGGUGACGGGAGUGACGUACUACCUGCAAGCAUGGUGCGUGGAGCUGAAAGGCCCCGUCUUCUUCGCCGUCUGGACCCCGCUCUGCUUCGUCUUCACAGUAUUCUGCUCCUCAUUCUUCCUAGGAGAGAUUGUCCACCUCGGCAGUAUUGUUGGGGGAAUCCUGCUGGUUGGUGGCCUUUACAGCGUGCUCUGGGGUAAGAGCAAGGAGGCAAAAGUUGCACCUUGUGGCAAGGUGAAUAAUACAAUGGAUGAUGAGAAUGGUCAUUAUAAACCUCAAGAGGAGGAAUCGACAACAGCAUCGAUAGUUGAACAAGUGUGAUGGAAUGAUCAACAUAAUUUCGAUCUUAGCCUAGCCCUUACUUAGCUAUAUAUUAUCUAUUCAUCAACAUACAUAUACAAAUAGGAGGAAGCACAGGAAGUUACCAUAUUCAUAGGAGAUAUAUUGAAGAAAAAUUAGAGAUUCUUACUUACAUUAUACCGAAAAAUGAAACAGAAAGUUUCCCAACCAUUAAAAUUUUCUACUGCUUAGAUCCAAGAAUGUAGGUAACAAGCCUUUCGUUAGUGUCUAGCUUCCUCGAUCUCCUAGAUCGUCAUUGCUAUUUUCAGGCUCAAGAUGAGGCGCGCCAUCGCUAUUAGGCAAAGCCAGGUGUUCCUUGUAGCAAAAUGUCUUUUUGUUGAUUAAUAUUUAUGUGAUUUAAAGCGUUAGCACUAUGUUUCUUUGGAAUGC